AUGUGGACACAUGAAAUCGAUAACAUUAUAUCUACUGAUCUGAAUAAAUUGUUAGUCGGUAACAAAUGUGAUUUGAUAGCGGAAAGAGUUGUUGAUUAUGCACAAGCUAAAGUAUAUUUAGCUGAUUCAUUGAGUAUGCCAUAUGUAGAAACAUCAGCUAAGAACGCAUCGAAUGUUCAAGAAGAAUUCAAAGCGAAAAUCAAUUAUUUGAUAUCGACCACUUCAGGAAUACCCAUAGAGAUAUCAGAUAUCAAUGCUAAAUCUAGUAUAAAACCACUGGACACUACCAUUGAAACAAAUGCUGAAGAUAAUCGUAUAUUUAAAUUGGUGCUGCUCGGUGAUUCAGGUGUAGGAAAAACAUCCUUGUUCCUACGUUUUGCAAAUGACGCUUUUAAUGAUAUUUUCUUACCUACGGUUGGUGUCGAUUUUUGGGAUACAGCUGGUCAAGAACGAUUUCGAAGUUUAAUAAGUUCUCACUAUCGAAAUGCCAAAGGUGCUUUCGUAGUAUUCGAUGUUACAAAUUUAAAAUCAUUUGAGAAUGUUACAAGAUGGUUACAAGAAAUCAAUGAAAACAGUAAUAACGAUUUGAAGACAUUGUUAGUCGGUAACAAAUGUGAUUUGACAUUGAAAAGAGUGGUUGAUCAUGCACAAGCCAAAAAUUUAGCUGACUCGUUAAAUAUACUAUAUGUGGAAACAUCGGCAAAGAAUACAACUAAUGUUGAACUAGCAUUCAUGUCUUUGAUUUCUGAGAUUAUGCCAAAUCAAUCAUCAGUCAAAACAGAUGAUACAAGUAUUGAAAUUGGUUCACAGCAGAAGUAG